AUGAUCAUACAGAGUGAAGGCCGGGAUCUCUCUCGUUAUAUUCUUGGUCCUCUUGUGACUUCUGGGAUGCUAAUGGAGUUUUUAGUUGGUACAAAGUUGAUUAAAGUGGACAAAAAUGUUCGUGAAGAUUGCGAACUUCAGUUUGACAUAUCAUUCCCCUUUGCAUUUGCAGAAAAGUUCUUGGGCGUAUUGAUAGCUAUUGGUCAAGCUGUUACUUACAUUCUGAUGGGAAUGUAUGGUCCUUUAGAACUACUUGGAGUAGGAAAUUCUAUCCUUAUCGUCGCACAGCUCUGCUUUGCCAGUAUCCUGAUGAUGUGUUUAGAUGAACUUCUCCAGAUUGGAUAUGGUCUAGGCUCUGGAAUUUCUCUCUUUAUGGCAACCACUAUGCGGUAA